AACUGACAAAUGAAAGAAUGACUGGAUUUUGGAAAGCUGUUUUAUCAUUAAUGAUUAAUCCAGAUGAUAAUUUUAUUUCCUUUCCAGAUGGUGUGAAUAUCUUUGGUAGUGAGGAUUUUG